GCGCCCUCCCUCCCUCCUGGCCGCGCGUGUCUCCGCCUGCUUCUCUCUCUCUCUCUCUCUCUCUCUUUGCGCGCGAGGCGGGCGCCCCCAGGACGGGCAUUCCUGCUUCCUUCUCUCCUUCGUUGUGGAUGCUGCGGGGCGAGAGAGAGGCGCCGAGGAGCCCCGCGUGCCCACCGGGGCCAGGAUGGCGAGGAGCCCGGGUCCCAGGCUAGCUGAGGAAGAGGCUUGCAUUCACGAUGUCCUGAAUGUGGAGACUGGUGGAAAAAAAAGGAGACAUUAGCUUACGGAAACCCUCCUCUGUUGUUUUUUGUUUCCUUCUAUUUAUUUUGACUUUAUGUUAAUGCACAGCCUUUGUUGGAUGUGACUGCUCUGCCAUGUGGCUCCUGAGGCAAAAGCCCCAUUUGUCAAUCAGCAUUUGGACCCUGGUGCUUCUGGGGAAUGCUUGGCUGCCAUUGGCAGAAGGUACUCUCAAGUCAUCCUCUCCCUUUAGGACUUUCCAGGUCACAGACUGGAGUUUGACGCACUUGGUGGUCCAUAACAAAACUGGGGAGGUGUAUGUGGGUGCUAUCAACCGGAUCUAUAAGCUUGCAAGCAAUCUGACACUGAUGCGCACUCAUGUGACAGGACCAGUGGAUGACAAUGAAAAGUGCUAUCCACCCCCGAGUGUGCAGUCGUGCCCACAUGGACUGGUCUCUACCAACAAUGUCAAUAAGUUGCUGCUGGUGGAUUAUUCUGGCAACAGGCUGAUAGCCUGUGGCAGUGCUUCUCAGGGCAUUUGCCAAUUCCUACGCUUGGAUGACCUUUUCAAGUUGGGUGAGCCUCACCAUCGCAAGGAGCACUACCUCUCCAGUGUCAAUGAGUCAGGAACUAUGUCAGGAGUCAUAAUUGAAGUACAGAAUGGGCAGAACAAGCUCUUCAUUGGGACACCCAUUGAUGGCAAGUCUGAGUACUUCCCUACCCUGUCCAGCCGUAAGUUGAUGGACAGUGAAGAAAAUGCAGAGAUGUUUGGCUUUGUAUAUCAGGAUGAGUUUGUCUCUUCUCAGUUGAAGAUACCAUCAGAUACUCUCUCCAAGUUUCCCACAUUCGAUAUCUACUACAUCUACAGUUUCAGCAGUGAGCAGUUUGUCUACUAUCUGACCUUGCAACUGGACACCCAGCUUACUUCACCUGACUCUACUGGGGAGCAAUUCUUCACUUCCAAGGUGGUUCGCUUGUGUGUGGAUGACCCCAAAUUCUACUCCUAUGUGGAAUUUCCCAUUGGAUGUGUUAGAGAUGGCACCGAAUACCGCCUGAUUCAGGAUGCUUAUCUCAGUAAGCCGGGAAAGGCUCUGGCCAGGCAACUGGGCAUCUCGGAGGAUGAGGAUAUCCUAUUCACAGUAUUUUCCCAGGGCCAGAAGAACAGAGUCAAGCCACCAAAGGAGUCUGUACUUUGUCUGUUCACAUUGAAAAAGAUCAAAGACAAAAUCAAGGAGCGCAUCCAGUCUUGCUACCGUGGAGAGGGGAAGCUUUCUUUGCCCUGGCUUCUGAACAAGGAGUUGGGUUGCAUAAACUCGCCAUUGCAAAUCGAUGACAAUUUCUGUGGGCAGGAUUUUAACCAGCCAUUGGGUGGGACAGUCCCCAUUGAAGGGAUGCCGCUUUUUGUGGACAAAGAGGAUGGUAUGACAUCUGUGGCUGCUUAUGACUAUCGUGGACACACUGUGGUUUUUGCUGGCACACGAAGUGGCAAGAUAAAAAAGAUUUUGGUGGAUUCUGGCAAUCCUAUCGGACGUGCGGCGUUGCAGUAUGAGAACGUUGUGGCCCAUGAAGGGAGCUCCAUCCUUCGGGACUUAGUGCUCAGCCCUGAUCUCCAAUACCUUUAUGCCAUGACGGAGAAACAGGUGACUCGUGUGCCAGUGGAGAGCUGUGAACAAUAUACAACCUGUGCACGGUGUCUGGGCUCCAGGGAUCCUCACUGCGGUUGGUGUGUCUUACACAACAUCUGCUCACGGAAGGAUAGGUGUGAACGAGCAGAUGAACCUCAACGCUUUGCUUCAGACCUACGGCAAUGUGUUCAGCUUACUGUUCAGCCAAAGAAUAUAUCGGUCACAAUGUCAGAAGUCGCGUUGGUUCUGCAGGCCUGGAAUGUCCCUGAUCUUUCUGCCGGCGUGAAUUGCUCAUUUGAAGAUUUUACAGAAUCUGAAAGUCGCAUUGAAGAUGGUCGGAUCUACUGUAGUUCUCCUUCUGCAAAAGAUGUCAUCCCUAUUACUAGAGGACAAGGUGAUAAGAGAGUAGUAAAGCUCUACCUCAAAUCCAAGGAAACUGGGAAGAAGUUUGCAUCUGUGGAUUUUGUCUUUUACAACUGCAGUGUUCACCAAUCCUGCCUGUCCUGUGUGAACGGGUCCUUUCCUUGCCACUGGUGUAAAUAUCGUCACAUUUGUACUCACAAUGCAGCUGACUGUUCCUUCCAGGAAGGCCGUGUCAACAUGUCUGAGGAUUGUCCGCAGAUCCUUCCAUCUACCCAGAUCUACAUCCCUGUGGGUGUGGUGAAGCCCAUCACCUUGACAGCCAAAAACCUGCCACAGCCCCAGUCAGGACAGCGCAACUACGAGUGCAUCUUCCAUAUCCCUGGAAGCCCCACACGUGUCACUGCCUUGCGCUUUAACAGCACCAGCAUCCAGUGCCAGAACACUUCGUAUUUCUAUGAAGGGAAUGACAUUAGUGACCUCCCAGUGAACCUUUCUGUGGUGUGGAAUGGAAAUUUCAUCAUCGACAAUCCCCAGAACAUCCAAGCUCACUUAUACAAGUGCUCAGCUCUCCGUGAAAGCUGUGGAUUAUGUCUCAAGGCAGAUCCACGCUUUGAGUGUGGCUGGUGUGUGUCCGAAAAGCGAUGUUCCUUGCGCCAGCACUGCCCAGCCCCUGAGAGCAGCUGGAUGCAUGCCAGCAAUGGCAAUAGCCGCUGCGCAGACCCCAAAAUCACUAAGCUGUUUCCUGAAACGGGCCCUCGUCAGGGAGGGACUCGCUUAACUAUCAUCGGUGAAAACCUUGGUCUGAAGUUCGAAGAUGUACGCAGUGGUGUAUGGGUUGGCAAAGUGAUAUGCAUUCCCAUUGAGAGCGAAUAUAUCAGUGCUGAGCAGAUUGUCUGUGAGAUUGGAGAAGCCAGCCCCAGCAAAACCCAAGAUGCUCCUGUAGAAGUUUGUGUUAAAGACUGUUCUCCCAGCUACAAGGCAGUUUCUCCAAAAAGCUUCACUUUUGUGACUCCUACUUUCUCACAAGUGAUUCCAGGCCGUGGUCCUCUCUCGGGAGGCACUUGGAUCAGCAUCAAGGGAAAGCACCUCAAUGCAGGAAGUGACAUCGCCGUGACCAUUGGUGGUCAACAAUGUGCCUUUUCGUGGAGAAAUGCUGGUGAAAUUCGAUGCAGGACACCUCCUGGCCAAGUUCCAGGAGAAUCACCCAUCCUCAUCCAUAUAAACCGAGCCAUACUUAGCAGUCCGGAUGUGAUGUAUUACUAUACUGAAGACCCCACUAUUCAGAAGAUAGACCCUGAGUGGAGCAUCAACAGCGGUGGAACAUUGUUGACUGUGACAGGCACUAAUUUGGCCACUAUUAAGGAACCCAGGAUUCGAGCCAAAUACGGCAAUGCUGAGGCAGAGAACAACUGUACUGUCCAUAAUGAUACCACCAUGGUAUGCUAUGCUCCCUCCAUUGACAACCCAGUCCGGAGCCCCCCAGAACUUGGUGAUCGCCCAGAUGAGAUCGGUUUUGUCAUGGAUAACGUCCAGGCCUUGCUGAUCAUCAACAAAACCAACUUUGUCUAUUACCCAGAUCCUGUGUUUGAGCCUCUUCCUUCUGGUAUGCUGGAGCUUAAGCCAAGCUCCCCUCUCAUCCUCAAGGGCCGGAACCUGGUUCCUCCAGCAUCUGGGAAUUCCCGACUAAACUACACUGUGCUGAUUGGCGACACUCCUUGUGCCCUUACGGUUUCUGAGACCCAACUUCUUUGCGAGUCACCAAAUCUCACAGGACAACAUAAAGUGACGAUCAAGGCUGGAGGGUUUGAAUUCUCCCCAGGGACCCUGCAGAUUUACUCAGACAACCUCUUGACCUUGCCAGCCAUAAUUGGUAUUGGAGGGGGUGGGGGUCUCCUCUUGCUCAUCAUCAUCAUUGUCCUCAUUGCAUACAAACGGAAGUCCCGGGAUGCUGACCGCACACUCAAACGUCUCCAGCUGCAGAUGGACAACUUGGAGUCCCGUGUGGCCUUGGAGUGCAAGGAGGCAUUUGCUGAGCUGCAGACUGAUAUCCAUGAACUGACCAAUGACUUGGAUGGGGCUGGCAUUCCCUUCUUGGAUUAUCGCACCUACGCCAUGAGAGUCCUUUUCCCUGGAAUAGAAGACCAUCCUGUUCUGAAGGAAAUGGAGGUCCAGGCAAAUGUGGAGAAGUCCUUGACCCUCUUUGGUCAGCUCUUGAACAAAAAACACUUCCUCCUGACCUUCAUUCGCACCCUGGAGGCACAGCGCAGCUUCUCCAUGAGGGACCGGGGCAAUGUGGCCUCUUUAAUCAUGACGGCCCUGCAGGGUGAGAUGGAGUAUGCCACUGGAGUGCUCAAGCAGCUCCUUUCAGACCUGAUUGAAAAGAAUUUGGAAAGCAAAAACCACCCCAAGUUGCUUCUAAGACGGACCGAGUCAGUGGCUGAAAAAAUGCUGACAAAUUGGUUCACGUUUCUUCUGUACAAAUUCUUAAAGGAAUGUGCAGGCGAACCUCUGUUCAUGCUAUACUGUGCCAUCAAACAGCAGAUGGAGAAGGGACCUAUUGAUGCCAUCACUGGAGAGGCCCGAUACUCCUUAAGUGAAGAUAAGCUCAUCCGUCAACAAAUUGACUACAAAAUGUUGACACUGAACUGUGUGAACCCUGAAAAUGAAAAUGCUCCUGAGAUUCCAGUGAAGGUUCUGAAUUGUGACACCAUUACACAAGUGAAGGAAAAACUUCUGGAUGCAGUGUACAAAGGAGUGCCAUACUCCCAGCGGCCCAAAGCAGGAGACAUGGAUUUGGUGAGCACGAUCCCCAGUGACCCCAUGCCCUUCUCUUCCAUCGGUGCAGAGUGGCGGCAGGGCAGGAUGGCUCGGAUAAUACUGCAAGAUGAAGAUGUAACCACAAAGAUCGACAAUGACUGGAAAAGGCUCAACACCUUAGCCCAUUACCAGGUAACAGACGGUUCCUCGGUAGCACUUGUGCCCAAGCAGAAUUCAGCCUACAACAUUUCUAACUCCUCCACCUUCACCAAAUCACUCAGCAGAUAUGAGAGUAUGCUCCGGACAGCCAGCAGCCCCGACAGCCUCCGUUCCCGGACCCCAAUGAUCACUCCUGACUUGGAAAGCGGCACCAAGCUGUGGCAUCUGGUGAAGAAUCAUGAUCACAUGGACCAGCGGGAAGGUGACCGUGGCAGCAAGAUGGUCUCAGAAAUCUACUUGACCCGCCUACUAGCCACCAAGGGGACCUUGCAGAAGUUUGUUGAUGACCUGUUCGAGACCAUUUUCAGCACAGCACAUCGAGGGAGUGCCUUGCCUCUGGCCAUCAAGUACAUGUUUGACUUCCUGGAUGAACAAGCUGAUAAGCACCAGAUCAAUGACUACGAUGUCAGGCACACUUGGAAGAGUAAUUGUCUACCUCUGCGUUUUUGGGUGAAUGUGAUUAAGAAUCCCCAGUUUGUGUUUGAUAUUCACAAGAACAGUAUUACUGAUGCCUGCCUAUCAGUGGUGGCUCAGACAUUCAUGGACUCCUGCUCAACUUCUGAGCACAAGCUAGGGAAAGACUCCCCCUCCAAUAAACUACUGUAUGCCAAGGACAUCCCCAACUACAAGAGCUGGGUAGAAAGAUAUUAUGCAGAUAUUGCUAAAAUGCCAGCAAUCAGCGACCAAGACAUGAGCGCUUACCUAGCAGAGCAGUCCCGGUUACACCUGAGCCAGUUCAACAGUAUGAGUGCGCUGCAUGAGAUCUAUUCCUACAUCACCAAGUACAAGGAUGAGAUUUUAGCUGCUUUAGAGAAGGACGAACAGGCCCGAAGGCAACGGCUGCGGAGUAAGUUGGAGCAGGCAAUUGACACAAUGGCCCUAAGUAGCUGAAAAGGCCGCGAUGGCACUGCAGACUUCCCUAGCAGUGGAUACAGAGACACAGAGAUUGAGAGAGAGAAAAAAGAAGGCAAGCUGGUUGCAGCAGCAAGAAAGCAAGCAAAAAUACAUUGGGGCCAAGGACGAAACUGCAAACUCUGCUGCGUCUCCAAACCCUUUACACCCACAGACAGCAAGAACUUAAAACCACCAUUAUCAAAAUGAGGUGGAACCUACUAUGUAAAGACUUUUGGAAAAGAGUGACAUAGCAAAGCACCAGAAGGACCCCAAGAGAUGCGCAAGGAGGGCCAGGGAAAGGAUUCCAGCUCAAGUGCCACUGCCCCCCUUCCCAAUCCCCAAAACCAAGGCCUGUCUGGCAGCAGAAGGUUGGGGACUUCACUAAUGUCUAGGACAAUGUUCUCCCAUUAUGGUUUUCCUGUAGCAGGCGGGUGGGUAGGCAUAUUAUUUCCUCUCUUCCCCCCUCCCCCACCCUUCUGCCCUUGCUUCCUUUCCCACCUGGCCUGGAGAACUCUACUCUUGCUCUUCUCUUCCUCCCUCCCUCUCUGGCCUACUGCCUCUAGUGUUAACUGCUAUAUUUGCACAAUUUCCACAAGCUAGAUUUUUUUUAAGAAUUCAAAAUAUAGGGGUGGGGGAGAGGUUCUAAAUUUUCAACAAAAACUUUGCAGGAUUUUUUUUUUAUGAAAGAAAGGACCAUUAUUUGGUUGGGAGAGAGAUGAGGGUGAGUGGGACCAAGAAAACUGUCCCAGUAUCUUUUGUUCUUCCUAUGCUUUGCCCUGUGCCAUGUUUUGUCUGAAUGUUGUUUAGCACAGGCCAAAAAGACACUCUCUUUUAAAGUGCUGCUAAAGAGGGUUCAAGAGGUUGAGAGAGAGGAGAAGGCAAAAAAAAAAAACUCUUAGAAGGCGAGAGGCAUAUGAGGCAAGCCCAAGAGGGAGAUCUUUCCCAUUCAUUGUAACAAGCCUUACUUUGUGGAAAGUGCCACACUUCACAGAAAAGUUCCUGCUUUGUCUUUUAUAUAGAUGAGACAGGAUGAGUUAUUUGUACUCUGAACUUAGCAAUUCUUCAGAAGCUUUAUUUGCUUCCCUCUACUUGAAAGUGAAUCUCCUAGCUCCAAACAUUACCUUAAAUACCUGCAGGGCAAUUUGAAAUAGGGGCACUUCCAAACAAGCAUUUCAGCCACAUAUAGGCACAGUAAAUGGGGAUGAUGACCAUGGGAACCAAUCCUCAGUAUUCCUUCUUCCGUUGGAAAAGAAAGGCUUCUUGAUUAGCAGACAUAGUAGCACAUGAUAAGGUCUGGGCCACACAGGAAUCCUAGACCCAACUUCUGAGUUCAGUCCUUUGCUCCUCCCAUUCCCUUGAUGUGGCAGACCUCAGUUACAUGGGCCUACUCAGAGCAUAUCAUAAGGGCAGCCUUCAUCCAAAGAGAUGAAGAACAAACGGUGAUCCAUCAUGGAGUUUUGAUUUAUCAUAGAAUCAUUGAGUUCAGAAGGGCCUUAUGAGUCAUCAGAUCCAACCUCAUCACUGUUGAAACACUAUAUAGUAGCGGGUUUUCCCUUUUGUUUUGUGUGUGUGUUUUUUGGUUGUGUGUGUGUGUAAGUGACUUUCUUUUGACUAUUUGUUUAUACAUCAUCACAUUUUAGCAGAUGCAGAGCAUCUCCCAAAACAAGCAAGGUCUUAGACAAGAGGAAUUGUUAGGUAACAGAAGAACAGUUUUGUCAACAACAAAAUAAUUGAAAUGAAAUCAACUGCAUGACCAGUUGCACAUUCUUUUGGGUUCAGCUAGUAGGAAAAGUGGGAGAUAGUCCAAGAAAAAGAAAGUGUGGCAUCCAGUCUAUAGAAAAGAAGAAGAAUGCACGGCACACAAUAGUUGAGUAGCUUUUCUUUAUUCAUAUUUGUGUGGGGUAAAAUGCAUAUUUUAGGUUAUUUUGUUUCAGGAAUAUUUAAAAUGUCACACUCAAGUAUAUUCUCCACAGCCUGUUUUGGUCACCUUGGCUUCCAGCCUUACUGGAACAGACAAUAAUCUGAGAUAGGGCAGUGCCAUCAUCCACAAUCACUUUGCGGUUGGUUAUCGCCUGCCUUUGGACUUUGUCGUCUUUGCUUACACAAUCACUUCCAUCAGAGGAGGCCCAGUGUUGAUACUGUGAAAGGGGUGUAGAAGUAGAUCUUACUGCUGUUAGUGUCCUGCACAUGAUCCAUAAUGCAAUGAGGUGCUUCCAGUGCAGUCACUGGCAAAAUGCUCCUUUAUUGUUCCCAUAAUGUUUUUCAGAAUGUCUUGUAGUUUGGGAAAAUGUUUGCAUUGAUUUAUUUUGUACAGGCUCACCACCCCAUCCUACACACCCCAAAAACCCAGAAAUUCCCUCUUGUGUCUCCAAAUUUUGUAAAGCUGUCACUAAAGCAUCAUCUUAGAAAUGUGAAUUCUCUCCUGUUUAAAAGGGGCCUUUUACUUCUCAUCUUUUACUUCUCAUUUGCACAGCAUUUCAACUGUGCAAAUGUAACAAAGCAUCACACUGUGUUGUCAUUGUUCCUACGUUCUGAAUGUAGUCUACAUUCCACAGUCUACAUGCCGUCCUUCCACAAUUCUAUUUUAAAUUGCACCCUGGCCUUCAAAACCUGUGUCAUAAGGAAGAUCAUUAAAAAUAAAUACAACGAGAUAAGUUUCCAAUGCAAUGAAUGGGGCAUUUCUAAAGAUUCUGGAAUGACCAUUUGGCUUGGAUUUCAACAUUAAGGAAAAGUCAGUACUUGUGAGAGACACAACCUUUCUGAAGAUCUUACCAGGGUCUCCCUAAAAUCCAUUUCCUAACACAUCUCUCUCUCUUUGCUAACUUCGCAAUUCCAUUCAGUGCUCUGUCUGUGCUUCAGCUGACAGUGCUGUUGUCUGUCUGUCUGUCUGUCUAUAACAGGGGUGUGACAGUCUCUCAGUUUCAGUUUGACUGAGUUUCUCCAAUCCCAUUAUACAUUUCCACCCAUUCUUGAUUUGUACUGGUUUGUGAAACCUUGUGCUUUCUUCCCACAGUGAAUGCAUUCACAUUUUAAAUGCAUUCUUCCUAAUGUGCCUGUGUAGUCGAGUUUACAUAAUUUGUGUGACUUUUCCCCAUGGACUAAAAUGUGUUUGCACAAGAGUUUUUUAAUUGUUCCCAUUCUGAACUGACUGAACUUUUUUGGUCCACAAUUUAUUUCUUGGAAAUGGCCUAUAAGCCUCACAAAUGUGCAAAUGCUUGACAUAAGGUAUGCAUUUUUCACAAAAACAUUUGGGAGGUGCAAAUAUUUUGCUUUUAUCACAAUUGUAGAGCCCAACAAAAUUCCUUUCCAUCCUUAAUUCAGAAGUAAUUAGUAUUGAGUUUAGCGGUACAUGCUCCCGAAUAAGGAUGUAUAGAAUCGCAGCUGAACACCCUCAGCUCAGUUUCUCUUAGUACAUGGAUUUUAAAUUUGUUUUAAGUUUACCAGUGUCCUGAAGCCACUGCCCUGCUUCAACUCAGGUGCUCAAAUCCACCAGAUUGCCCACCCUCACCACUCCCGCAUCCAGAUGUUCCUAUCUCAGCCUAGGUCAUAUUGAAAGAGAGGCUAUUCAAGAUCACACUGAGCCUAGACCUGUCUAUUCCCUUAGAGUGCAAAUAAGGGGAGGAGAGGGAUGUAAUGAAGUUUUUAAAUUAAAAUUUAAAAUUGUGUGUGUGUAUAUAUAUAUAUAUGUUGUUACAAUCUAAUUCUUGUACCCCAGUGGGGUACUGUAUAGUUAACUGAAGGAGAUCAAACCAAUAUCAAACAUGGUUUUUACACAAGCAGUUGAAAAUACCAAAACGGGGGGCGGGGCGGGGAAUCAAACAUGUCUCAUCAAGCAGAACAAUCUCUUGAAGCCUAUAUACAUCUCAGAUUGCUUUGUAAUUUUGUUUUUAGCCUUUUUAAUUAUUAUUUUUAAUUAAAGAGGAAGACGAGGAGAAGAUAAAGACAAUAAACAUAAAAUAAAUCAAAACAAAAAAAACCACCUGUGGAGUUCUGAGAUGUCUGGAUCCAUAGGAACUGUGGGCUGUUGCAUGACUGUGCUAGAGUUUAGUCUGAGUUGAUCUUUUUUAAAAAAGGAAAAAAAUGCAAGUGUUGAAUAUUAGAGGUUUGUUUAGACCUUUUUAUUUUUUGAAAUUUUGGAAUUAAUUUGUCACUUCUUGUACAAAAAAAGAAUUAGAAGUAACACCAACUGUUUCUUUCUGGAAAAAUGGUACUCAAAAAGCCUUAAAGGACAGCUAAAAGUGUUGCUGCAUACAAAAGAUACUGUAAUAUUUUACAGGUUCCCCUCCCUGGACUUGGUUUAAGGUGUGCUUGGGAGCAUAAACACUGCAUGGUUAAAAGAGGCAGGGUCUUGAUCUCUCUCAGCUUGAUGUAAAUUGGCACCCCUUUAGGGGAAACAAAAGUACAGUCCUGACUUUACAGAAGUUAGCAGCAAACCAAUCCUUUAUUUAUUUUGAUUUACUUUAGAGAACUAGUUUGGCUGAAGCAGGAAAAAAAGCCCUUCAUCUCAAGAGCUCCCCACUUAGGCACCCAUCCUAUCUAGUCAUUCAGCAAUAGCAAUACCUUGGAAGACUUCAUUCAUUAGGGAAAAAAAAUGUAGACAUUUGCUUACCUCAAAAGCACAGCUUUCUCAUAGGGAUUUCUUUACAGCAAAAACAGUGUGGAGUGCCUCGGAUUUGGAAUAAUCUGAAAGCCCUGAGAGAAAAACAAAAUGGGCCAUUGCAGGAUAGGCACUGGGAUUUAUCCUUUUAUGACAGCACUAAGUCAGUGAAUCUAUCUUAUACCACCAUCUCUGUUACUGAAUGACCCAUCAUUAUGUAGAACAGUGGUUCUCAACCUGUGGGUCCCCAGAUGCUUUGGCCUUCAACUCCCAGAAAUCUUAACAGCUGGUAAACUGGCUGGGAUUUCUGGAGAUUGUAGGCCAAAACACCUGGGGACCCACAGGUUGAGACUACUAAUGUAGAAGGACACAGGGAAAAAUAUCCUUGAUCAAAUGACACCAAAAAAGUUACAUGUGAUCAAUGUGAAGGAAAAUCAGCAUUCUUUCCCAGAUGAUUUCUGUGUGUUCCAUGUCUCUUUGGCUUGAAUACUAUGGAUUGCAUAUGUUACCAUAAUUUAUCAUUAUUCUAGUAUAUGUACUCUGAAGAUCAUUUCAGAAGGAAAUAUCCAUUACCUACUUGCACAGUGACUCCCUUUUUCUGUACAACCUCAGUUGCAGGUACCAGGACAUACUUCACUGCCAAACAGUGAUAGGUAGGAGCAGGGAAGUCCUAAUUACCACCUAGUUUUAAUUUUGCAGCCAGGAAAAAGUCAUACAGAACUUUGGACAGAUGGUACCCAGUUCUUUCCAUCUACUCACUGAUUGGCUUUGAAGAUGUGUGUUAGGAACAGAAGGGGGAGCCAUACUCUGUGCUCUCUGGACAUUAAGUUGGUAUUUGAUAUUUGCAGAAACCUUUAAGGAAUCUAGGUGAGCACGACUGUAGUAAGACUUACAUUCAUCAUCUGGGAAAGACUCAUAUUCAACAUCUCGGAAAGUUUGUCUUCGCACAUGGAAGGCUGGUUAAGUUUUGUUAUGGGAAUAUUUAAAGACCAAGAGCCCAAAAGUGUUUGUUGACUUCUCUCUCAACUCUUAUACCACUUAUUGGGGUGUGACUUUCUUCAUUUUGUUUAUUUGUAUAAUUGCCAUCUUUUGAAAAGUCUGCCUAUGGCAGAAGGGUCUGUGUUUGCCUUUGACACUACUGAAGUUAGUCACAUUUCUUCGAUGGAAACCAAGCCAGUGGCUUUAUAGACGAUUCCUAAGGUAGAAGAGAAAUUCAGUGGCUUUCCUGUAGAUAGAUGGGAAAGGGAAAUGGCAAGCAGACAUAUAGGUUGUCUAAAAAGUGACUUUUUCUUACUAUAUCAGAAAUCAACAGCUACUGUUUAUGUGAGUAGAUGGUCCUCCACAGUGUUCAAAGGGUUCAUAUGAAACAACUGUCAAUAAUCUCACUAUACUUUUACUUUCUCAAUAGGAUUUUUUCACUCAUAUUACUAGAUUGCCUCCAUCCAUUUUUUUCUAAAAUAGUUGACUUUUAUUUUAUAAAACACCCAACUAAGACCACUGCUAAACCACUACAAUGCAUUGUUUUUCAAACUGUUCUUGGAUUGGUUGGGUUUCUUCCCAUCCCAGUCCGAUUGGUUCAGUGUGGACAGAUAAGAAUGCUAUUGAAGCUCUUAAGUGUUUCCGUGCCCUGUGUUAAUUUAGCCUGUUUUUACAAAGAAUGCCCCCCCCCUUCAUGAUCAUGAUUGAAGGAUUAGUAAUUAUUUAUGGAAUUGGCCCAGUAUCUUAUUUUUAGAGCUUGCAUCAGAUUUUUUUAAGGAAUUUCCUUUCUAUUUUAUAGAGAAGGGAAGGUUGGCAUUUUGCAUGGAUUCAUAAACUAAGUGUAUGUAUCCAUAAGUACUCUUUAUACUAUAAGAUUGUAUAAAUGCCCACCAGAACAACCAGCAUCCACAUCAGGCAAAGGAUGCCUGUUCAACUGUCAGUCAAGAAGUAAGGAGAAUGACAUUUCCAACCUCCUUCCACCAGCAAGUAAGGUGACGAAUUGUGACAAGGGUCUUUUUUUCUUAUUGUUGCAGACUUGCUCACUAGUGAGCUCAUCUUUCUUGACAUUAUCUUGGACAGUCAUCUUCCUUGAGCCCUGAUCAGCAAUUGAACAAACUUCAAGAUAUACUGGGGGUCAUCCAGGAAACAUUACUUAGGUUACCCAUACAUAACAAAGUAGCUGGAGUAGAAUAUUAGCAGAAAUCACUAAUAGUGUUCUCUCUCUUUCUUUAAAAAGACUCUGACACUGAGGCAUUUAGAAGAAGAUAUCCUUAGUAAUAGACUAUUCUUUACUAAUUUCCAAGCCUGAACUCUUUGGGAAACAUUACAACAAAAAGGAAAAAUGUAAUUAACUUUACUGGAACCUUUUUUUUGGAGGGAGGUUCUGAAAUUAAUAAAACAUACAGAAGGAUUAGGUCACACGGUCUUCACGGAUAAUGCGAAGCGAUGUUAAGGACCUCUCUUAAUUCUUUUUCACGAAAGAGCUGUAGUGGGGAAGCAAACUACCUACACUGCAGACACAGUUGCAUUCCUCCCACCAUUGCACCCAGUCUGAAAGAAUGGGUUGCUUUCCAUUUGUCCUAAUUUAUAACUAAUCUCUCCACUGAUAAUAUAUUGGCAUGUUUCUAGACAUCAGUUUAGCAGACAUAGUGUUUUUAACUGGAGAAGAAUGGUUUUGAAGACAGGGGUAUUUUUGUGGACUCCUGAAAUUUUAUCUCUUUUUUUCUUCUGGUAAGCUAGAGCUAUAUGGUGCUAAACGACACAAUACAUGAGCAAAUAUUAACUUUCAGAGUGUUUUUCUAAGCUGUCUUGAUGUUUUAGAAAAUACAAAUCCCUCCUACAAUCACGCACAAACUGUUUUUGGCCUCUUGUUGCUGAUCUGGCCCUUGUUACACUGCAUCUUAUUAAAUAACUAUGUUCAGAAUGAAUAUCCCUCUGAGUAGCCAAAUGCUGAGGGUGGGCCAUGGAAUGAGAGCUGUUUUCUUUCAUGUGCUGCUUGUGAACUUUCCUGAAACAGUGAUCUGGAGGAACUUUUUGUCUUCAUUGAUGCUUCCCUAAACCUCUUCCCUCUGCUGCCGUGUCCUUUCUUCUUUCACUUAUUUCCCAUCAGGAACCAUUCUAACAUAGCCAUUUGGUUUCAUCCCCAUUAGAAGUGGAAUUAACAGUGUGAGAAGGAGCAAGAUGUCACCAAUUCCCACAAGUAUAAAUAUUUUAUUAGCGCUUUUUAUCUGGUUAUGUUGACCCUUACACAUCCAUGCACACAAACACCCUCUCAGGAUUAUGCUGCCAGAGGCUUUGGCAGCAAUGUUAAAUCUCCUGGUGUUUCUUUAAUUUUUCAAGCCUUUGAUUAUGUGCGUGAAUGUAAUUAGCAGCUUAGAAGACUUUUGAUGUGCAUUUCAAUGCUCAAAUGAUCAUAUGAGAAACAAAGCUUUCCAUGUAAGCUGUUCAUGCCUUGGGUCAGGAUAGCAUUCCUCUGAAGUACUGUGAUGUGUUGAGCAUUAACUGAUGGUUAGCAGAAUUAAGAAAAAAAGAGAAAAAAAACCCUCAAUAAUCAAAGGUUGUGGCUUUUAAAUGGACACAGAAGAUAAGACUCUCAUUGGGAAAGCUGGUAAAUGAAAUACUUCUUUAUCAUUUUGAGUAUCAUGAGAACCUAAAUUGACUCUGCUCCAGUGGAAUAUGCUGUCAUGUGUUCUCUUGCCCAGGUAUCCUGAGAAAUGCUAGGUCUUACCAUAAGUUAAUAAGGAUAUCUCAAAUUAGGAACCGAUUUCACCUUUUAGUUUCCUUCAUUUUUCAACUAAGCACCAAACUUUUUCAUUCCCAGUCAGAUUAUUAGGAAUCCACUUCCAGCAAAGGCAUGAUGAGUUCCAAAUAUUAGUGAUGUCUAGACGAGGUCCCCAUUACUUGAAUAUGCCCCAAGAAAAACGUUUAUGGGAAAUGUAGCUUCCUGUUUUUCUAGUUUUGUGAAAGCUGUUCAUUAAAAGUGUUUUGUCAUACUUCACCACCUCCUUUCUGCCCUCCCCACCAGCUCUCCCAACUUACCAUUUUGGUGAAUGAGGAUAGGGCACUAUGGGAGUUAGUUUGAUGAGCAGCUCACUAAACCCAGCGAAGGCUUAGGCUGUGGACAGAGCUAGUUCCGUCUCAGAACUAUGGGGCUGAAUAGGUCCAAAACCAUAUUGUCUUAGAAAUUGGUUUGAGUCAACUAAUAAGGAAGGUGUCCAGGGAUUUUCUUCUGCCUGGAUUCUCUUCACAUAGAUUGCAUGCAUUUAAGACUGAAAAAGCAUAAGUUCAGAAUGUGACACUCAGCCUCAAUCUCCUCCAAAGAGUCCCAGGUCCCACCGAGAAAAUAUACACAACAAAGAUUUUAGGUCAUAGUAAAAUAUUCCAGUGUACACCCCAAUUGUUUAAUUUUGAUAGUUUGCACAGCUUGUGCUGGUCCUGCUACUGUCUGCCAGGCAGACAAACCAAAGGAUUAGCAUGGCCUCCACUCAUCUCAUGGUGUUUUGGGAAGACAGGGUAGGUUCAUGUUGCACAUCUGAUCUGAGAUGGGGGGAAAUAAGCAGGCUGAAUCCCAAGCUGAAGGUCUGAGAGCAUCAAAUAGGCAGAACAGGGAGCAAAACAAUAAUGUGGAGCACUAGGCACUUAGUAAGGCCUUUCCCCCACUCCAGUGUUUUCCUAACUAGAGCCACCACCAUUCUACCUUAAAUUUAACACACACACACAAACAAACACUAAAGCCUGCUACUCUCUCUUCUUUCUAAGGAAUGUCAAGACCACAGUUAGCUGUCCUUUAAAAGCAGGGAAGGGGGUGGCGUGGGAGGGGAGGAGGAGAGAAAACAAUAAGAAACAAAGAAUUUUAAUAGUAAAAUUUAAAAAUAAAAUAAAGAAAAUCAUGAUAACUUUAUGUGAUUGUUUCAGACUUGAAGCAACUGUGCCAGUGUGGCAGGUCGGCACCCUUUGAUUGUGUAAAUAUCCUGCUAUUUCCUAUUUUAAUGUUCUUCAGAUUUAGUACUUGUAAAUAAACACACGCAUCAAGGAGAGAUUAAACAUUUUUGCUAUAUAA